AUGACAACUUCCCAACCCUCCGGUCUCCACAUCCUAAUAGUAGGCGCCGGCUUCGCCGGUCUCUCCGCCGCCAUCGAAUGCACUCGCAAGGGUCACCGCGUGACGCUCUUUGAAAAAGUCUCUUCUAUUGACGAAAUCACCCGCUACGGAGACAUUAUUUCCUUUGAUCCCAACGGGUCGCGCGCCUUUGAGAAGUGGGUAUUUCCAGAUACGUCGUCGGUGGCAGAAAGAAUGGAAGAAAUUUCUCGACAAACGGAAUGGUUGGAUUUGUUCCAUUACCAGGGGGAGUUUUUGACCAGACAGAGUUUUGCAGAGGAAAACAGGUGGGGGAGGAGAAUAAAUGGACAUAGAGGUGAAUUGCAUCGGUUGGUGUAUGAGUUUGUGAAGACGAGGAAGGAGGAAGUGGAGGUGAGGUUGGGGGUGAGGGUUGUGGAGUAUUUUGAGAGUGAUGGUGAUGAGAAAAAGGGGCCGCAUGCAGGGGUGGUGAUUAAAGGGCCGGAUGGGAAGAUGGAGAAAGUCAUGGGUGAUGCUGUGUUGGCUGCCGAGGGGGUUCGGUCGAGAGGGAGGAAGUUGGUACUGGGACUGGAGGAGGAGGAUGAGCAGCCCAAGAGCUCGGGGUAUGCGGUUUACAGAGCUUCCAUGGUGUUUACCCACAUCGACGACGGCAACAUUGAAGAGUCGUGGCAGUUUCCAGGAAAGCCGGAGGAGGCUUUGGCUUACCUUGAGGGAUGGUGUUCUGUGGUGAGGGAACUGGUCAAAGCUACGCCGCCGGGAAGAUUGAUCGACUACAAGCUUGUCUACCGCGAGCCGUUGCCGACUUUCGUCAGUUCCAAGGGGAGGGUUGCGCUCAUAGGAGACGCGGCGCACCCAUUUCUGCCGACGUCCAUUCAGGGCGCGAGUCAAAGCAUCGAGGACGGAACUGUGAUAGCUACGUGCUUGGAACUUGCCUGCCAAAGCAACAAAAGGUGGGACAUGUCAAAGGAGCAGGUGGUUCCCACAGCCCUCAAAGCUUACGAGAAACUGAGGUACAAAAGGGUGCACAAAGCCCAAGCCAUGGGACCAAAGACACGAGAGAGAUGGCAUAAAGCGGACUGGAAUGGACCGGAAGGAGUCUGGAAGGUUCCAGAGAAGCUUUGGCUGCUGAGGGAAGAGUGGCUGUUGGGAUUUGAUGCUGAGGGAGAUACCUAG